UUUAAUAUUUAUCAAACUGUGUUGCUGUAGAAUCUAGUAGAUUUGUUUUAACACGAGAUAUUGUUCACAAUGUAAAAGAUGGAUGUGAUAACAUUUGGAAAAUCUUAUCCCGAGAAGAAUGUUUCUGAUUCCAUUGCAUAUUCUGGUUGUUUUGGUAACUACAAUGCCACAUCAUGUGUUAGGGAUUCAGUAGUUAGCGUUUUUGCUUUGGGUACUGCGUUGUCUUGUGCAGUAAAGCUUUAUCAUCUGUACAAAAAUCACCAUUCUUUACCAAACCAGUAUGUCAUAUUUUCAUGUGGACUUAUACAGUGUAUUCUUUGUGUGAUAAAUUGGAUUUAUCUUUGGGAGUAUUCUGUUAUUUAUGUGAUUGAGUUUUUAAAAAUCCUUCAGUGUGUAAUAGUUUGUAGAUUUUAUUGCUCAUUGGCUGCCCAAAUAUAUCGAAAAGACACAAUUGCAAGAAGAUACAUUCCCAUUGUUGCUAUAGUAUUUGUUCUUGCUGUGUUAGGAUUGUGUAUAAGUGGUUGGAUAACAAUGCGAAGAGACAGAUUUGACUGUCUAGCCAUACAAUGGAUUUUGUUGGCAAGUGCUGAGUUUGUGAAUGCCCAGUUUUUCCUUGGUGCAGGAUAUUUUGUAUCAAAAAAAUUAAAUGAUGUUAGAACAUUGGACGACAUGCGUAAUUCCAAAAAGCGCGAACUCUGGGGGAACAUAACAGUUUUUCAAAUCUCGGCGAUUGCAAGCGUCCUCCACGAAGCGAUCUUUAAAGCUCUGGGUGAUGAUGGAUGUCACGGGAUCCUGCCAACAUCUGCUUCUGGUUUCACAGCCGUGUACAUAGCAUUUAAGAUUAUUCGAUGGUUACUGCCCAUCUGGGUAAUGGCUGCGUUGUUUGCGAUUGAAGAUAACACUUUUUACCAAGAAUCUUUGACUUCCCUUAUCAACGUUGGAGCGCAUUCUAUCUCGGGUUUCCGAUCGCGAUUUCGUCCAACCACCAGCGAUCCUGAGCAAUUUGUCCAAUCAACGGAGAGCACCAAUACUAGUGUAGUUCAACCAAAGCAACUUAUGCUUCCUCCAUUUCUUAGAACAGAUCUGAGUCUACGGUUCCUAAAAACAUAACGAUUGGUCAUUUCUGUUGGUACAACGCUGUCACCUUCCCAUAUUAAACGCCGCUUUUAUUUUGAAUGCUUUUCGUACUGGGUCUCGACACGCUUGGAUGGAACACCGUUAAUUCUCUGUUCUUUGUCACAGGAUAUUGUUUGAACACUAAUAUUGAAAACUGUUUCGAGUCAUUUGCAUUUUUAUGCUGAAUAAAUUUGAAAUGCAUCACGUUCACGUGUUUUAUGGUAAUUUUCAUUACGUAAACUAUCUUUAUUGUCAAACAGAACAAGGAUAAAAAGUUAAAGACCUUUUCUCAUCUUUAAUGAAUUAUUGUAAAAGCUUACCCAUAUUUCCGCGCUGAAGCGCAGGCAGGAUUUAUGAAAAUGGUAGAUAAAUCACUUUGGGCGCGCCAAACAAAAAAAGAAACUUGUGGCUGUCAAUUUGUCAUGUGAAAUUUGAACACUAAUAUUGAAAACUGUUUCGAGUCAUUUGCAUUUUUAUGCUGAAUAAAUUUGAAAUGCAUCACGUU